AUGGAGACAGCUGGUGCCUUAACGAUCUUUGAAAGAUCAUGCGCUACAAAGGGGCUGAAAUACAAAGAUAUGCUUGGAGAUGGUGAUUCGUCCACUUAUAGUGCUAUUCUAGAAAGUAAGCCCUAUGGAGAGGACUGUAUACCCAGCAAACUAGAAUGUAUUGGGCAUGUCCAGAAGCGAGUCGGAAGCAGACUGCGGAGGCUAAAGAGUUCGAAUAAAGGCAGAAAACUCUCAGAUGGCAAAGGAAUAUCUGGCAAAGGUCGCCUAACUACUGGAAAGAUGGAUGUUCUACAAAAUUAUUAUGGCUUGGCAAUAAGAGAAAACCUUGAUAAUGUUGAAGAAAUGGCUAAGGCUGUAAAGGCGUCUCUUUUCCACGUCGCGUCAACAGAAGAGAACCCGCAGCAUCAUCUUUGCCCGAAAG